UACCGCUUCUUUAGGACAAUGUACCAGCUUUUGGGAAGAAAAAAGAAAGGAAGGAAGAGAAAUCAAAAGAAGGAGAGAAAAGAGAAAGGAAGGAAACUUGAUGGAGUUAACUAACUUACCUCCAAGCUCAAAUAAACUAAACUGAAAAAAUUAGUACUAAUAAAGAAUAAUGGUAACAGGUAGUGAACUCCUUUUAUACUAUUGCUUUAUGAGAAGACUUAACUAUUAAAAAUUCCUGAUACAGAAGGCGAAAGGCAAAGAUCUAGCACGCAUCAUUUCUCCUAGAAGGCCGAGACUUUUUUCUUUUUUGAAAAUGUAGAAAACCAGUACAAAUGUACAAAACACACUAGAAAAUGCUCUCUUAUCUCUAGUUUGCUUUUUUUGUGUACAAACUGUUAACUUGAACAGUUUUCCGGUGCAAAAGGUCUCACCAGAAACUUUAGGAAAGAUGGGUGUGGGUGCGGGAAGCAGAAGAAACUAAGCUGAGAAAAACCCGGAAAAAUACUCGACGCAGCUGCUGCGGCCUUGGGUCAUCUCACCUCGAUCUACCCCGCGUGCUUGCUUUCGCUUGGGGUGGAAAGCGGGGUUCAAGGGCUCUUUUCAGCGGACUGAGAAAUCGCAGAGGCCAUGGGAACCCCAAGUCAGGACUCCCCUUUCCCGACAGCAGGGGUAAAGGGAGCGGGGGUCCCUUCGCUUCACUGUGCCCCAGCUCUACCGAGAGGCAGGCCUCUGAGAAACGAGCCGGGGACCUGGGGGCCCGGGCGGCCGCAGCUUAGUGGGCUGAGGUGUCGAUCAGGGGCACGCUUCGGAGCUCUGUCGGGGCCCAGCUCCCUCCUCCACACCCCAAAAUGCCGCCUAGGACGUGGGCAUCCCGAGCGGCAUCCAGAGCCGCUGAGAACCCGCCGAGGUUGCUCCUUGUCCGUUCUCCCGCAGCCGAGAGGCCAGCAUCGCGCCGGGACGACCCGGGGACCCGAGCCCGGGCGCCGCUGCAUUGCCUCGGGUGCUAGGCCUGGGAGCUUUGAGGCCGGUACAGUGAAACACCUUUAGGAGCAAGGAGGGAUUCCAGGUGUCCUCCCUCUGUACCCCAACUCCCUGCCCGGAUAUCUUCCACCCUUUGCCAGAGCUCCCACACACAAACUUUGUUCUGGACUUGUUCAGCCCCUUCGGGACCCACAGUUGUCGCCUCCAUGGGGGAAAGCGAGUGCCCCUGUUUCAGGGGGGAUUCCACUCUGGCUGGUCACCCGCAAACCUGAAAAACUAUCCUACGACUUCUUCCCCGACCCCCCUGGAAGUAGGGGGCACCACGAUCCGCAGAGGGCGCAUACAGACCGUAAAGAUUUUGGGGGGCAGAGGGUGCAAUUGUUGGGGGAAGAGAUGCGGAGAUAAACUUUGCGAGCCAGACCCCGACACUUCCCCCGUCCGUUUGCACCGUCUCCGGAACAACUGGCGGCCAGCGGCACUCUCCACCCCGGCCGCGACCCCAGCAGGUCAGGCGCGGGCGCCCCGACACCAGUACCCAUCUUCUUGCAGCUCUGAACCUCCAAAGGCACCCCGUUCUAGCGCGGGCCGAGGGGGAGUGUGCGCGUGGGGCGGGGAGGGGGGGUGCAGCGAGCUCCCCCACGCUCGGAGUUCAGCCCAGCGCCCGAAGUAAACUUCCUUCCCGCUGGCAGCAGGGCCGGGAGGCGGAGGCCGGGCCGGGGGCCCCGGGGCGCGGCGCGGGGAGCGCCAGGGGCCCCUUGCGGUCCGGCGGGGACGACCUCCGCCAGCACCCACGCCUCAUGGGGCUCCCGGGUCCCGGCGGUGGCUGGGAUCCCCGGAAAAGCCGGGACGGAGAAGCCAGGCCGGCAUGCCCGCCCUCCUUCCCCCGGGAGGACCCAACAACUCCGGAAAGAUCCUGCCGGGAGAUGUGCUCGCUUUCGCCGGGGCAGCGGGGGAAAGCCCAGCAAAGGCAAAUUGAAAAUUAAAAAGAAAAAAAAAAAAUUACGCCGAGUGGAAGAAGCAAUCGGGGCCGCGGCGGCGGCGAGGUAGGGGGCGCGGGGGCCAGCCGCGUGUGCGUGGAUCCGAGUGUGCGUGAAUGUGAGUGUGUGUGUGUGUGUCCACGGCGCGGGCCGGAGCACUCACCAUCUCGCCGGGGGAGCGAGGCCACUUCGGGGUCGGAUUGGAAAUGUUGAGGCUUCGCUUGCUUCCUCCGCGACAUGCUGGCUCAAACAUCAGCUGGGGCAGAAUAAAAAAUUACUAAAA